UGCCCAGCUUAUACCCUCAACCCCGAGCCAGAGCCCCCACAGUGCCAGCCCCUCCCUCACCCAGGCAGAAUGGGCAAGGAGAAGACACACAUCAACAUUGUGGUCAUUGGCCACGUGGACUCAGGCAAGUCCACCACAACAGGCCAUCUCAUCUACAAAUGUGGCGGCAUCGACAAGCGGACCAUUGAGAAGUUUGAGAAGGAGGCAGCAGAGAUGGGGAAGGGCUCCUUUAAGUAUGCCUGGGUGCUGGACAAGCUGAAGGCAGAGCGGGAGCGUGGCAUCACCAUCGACAUCUCCCUCUGGAAGUUUGAGACCACCAAGUACUACAUCACCAUCAUUGAUGCUCCAGGACACCGGGACUUCAUCAAGAACAUGAUUACCGGCACAUCCCAGGCGGACUGUGCAGUGCUGAUCGUGGCAGCAGGUGUGGGCGAAUUUGAGGCAGGCAUCUCCAAGAACGGGCAGACCCGAGAACACGCACUCCUGGCCUAUACUCUGGGUGUGAAGCAGCUCAUUGUGGGUGUCAACAAGAUGGACUCCACAGAACCAGCCUACAGCGAGAAGCGCUAUGAUGAGAUUGUCAAGGAGGUCAGCGCCUACAUCAAGAAGAUUGGAUACAACCCAGCCACGGUGCCCUUCGUGCCCAUCUCGGGCUGGCAUGGUGACAACAUGCUGGAGCCUUCACCUAAUAUGCCAUGGUUCAAGGGCUGGAAAGUAGAGCGUAAGGAAGGAAAUGCAAGUGGUGUGUCCCUGCUGGAGGCCCUGGACACAAUUCUGCCCCCCACCCGCCCCACUGACAAGCCCCUUCGUCUGCCGCUGCAGGAUGUGUACAAGAUUGGGGGCAUUGGGACCGUGCCUGUGGGCCGAGUGGAGACCGGUAUCCUCCGGCCUGGUAUGGUGGUGACCUUUGCGCCGGUCAAUAUCACCACAGAGGUGAAGUCUGUGGAAAUGCAUCAUGAAGCACUCAGCGAGGCCCUGCCUGGUGACAAUGUCGGGUUCAAUGUGAAGAAUGUGUCCGUGAAGGAUAUUCGCCGGGGCAACGUCUGUGGGGACAGCAAAGCUGAUCCACCUCAGGAGGCUGCCCAGUUCACCUCUCAGGUUAUCAUCCUGAACCACCCUGGGCAAAUCAGUGCUGGCUACUCGCCAGUCAUCGACUGUCACACAGCCCACAUUGCCUGCAAGUUUGCUGAGCUAAAGGAGAAGAUUGACCGUCGUUCUGGCAAGAAGCUGGAGGAUAAUCCCAAGUCCCUGAAGUCUGGUGAUGCAGCCAUUGUUGAAAUGGUCCCAGGAAAACCCAUGUGUGUGGAGAGCUUCUCACAGUACCCACCUCUCGGCCGCUUCGCCGUGCGCGACAUGCGGCAGACUGUGGCCGUGGGCGUCAUCAAGAACGUGGAGAAGAAGAGCGGCGGCGCCGGCAAGGUCACCAAGUCCGCACAGAAGGCGCAGAAGGCGGGCAAGUGAAGCGCGGGCGCCCGCGGCG